UCCACUUUUUACCUUUCUCCGUCCUGCAAUCUGGGUUCCCACCGGCAACCCUGGAGGCAGCCGUUGCCUCUCGGGGUGUGAGUGGGAGCCAUGUGACUCGCCGGUGAGUCGGGGCGUGCGGCUGCCUCCUGCUUCAGAGCUACCUGACCCGAAUACUAAGCAGAGAGAGGCGAGCGAGCGAGCGAGCGGCGCUGCCUCUGGUUGUGCCAGAGACACGCCGAAGGAAGAGAGCAGCAGCCGCGACCGCCACUGCAGAGAGCGAGCGAGGCGGCGAGGGCGCGCGCGCGCGAGAGGUGCCCGUUCCCAAGAGCGCAGAAGAUGGAGAUUAAAGACCAAGGGGCGCAAAUGGAGCCGCUGCUGCCCACGAGGAAUGAUGAGGAGGCAGUGGUGGACACGGGUGGAACACGCUCCCUUCUCAAAACACAUUUCGAAAAGGAAGACUUAGAAGGUCACAGAACUUUGUUUAUUGGAGUUCAUGUGCCGCUGGGAGGAAGGAAAAGCCAUCGACGCCAUCGACGGCACAAACACAGAAAGAGAGACAGAGAACGGGAUUCAGGUUUAGAAGAUGGCAGAGAGUCUCCUUCAUUUGACACCCCUUCCCAGCGGGUACAGUUUAUUCUCGGAACAGAAGAUGACGACGAGGAACACAUCCCUCACGACCUCUUCACAGAGCUCGAUGAACUUUGCUGGCGCGAAGGAGAAGAUGCUGAGUGGAGGGAGACAGCCAGGUGGUUGAAAUUUGAAGAAGAUGUUGAAGAUGGAGGAGAGAGGUGGAGUAAACCAUACGUCGCCACGUUAUCGCUUCACAGCUUGUUUGAACUGAGAAGUUGUAUCCUCAACGGCACUGUGUUGCUAGACAUGAGAGCAAAUUCUUUAGAAGAAAUUGCAGACAUGAUUCUUGAUCAACAAGUAGGCUCAGGACAACUCAGCGAAGAUGUUCGUCACAGGGUGCACGAAGCUCUGCUCAAACAGCACCACCAUCAGAAUCAGAAGAAGCUAAGCAAUAGGAUCCCAAUAGUCAGGUCCUUUGCUGAUAUUGGCAAGAAACAGUCUGAACCUCAUUCCAUGGACAAAAAUGCAGGUCAGCUUGUUUCCCCACAGUCUGCACCAGCCAGCAUUGAAACAAAAAAUGACGUGAGCAGAGAAAACAGCAGCGUUGAUUUCAGCAAGGUUGACCUGCAUUUCAUGAAAAAGAUCCCUCCCGGAGCAGAAGCGUCAAACAUUCUGGUUGGCGAGCUGGAAUUCCUGGACCGUGCUGUAGUGGCUUUUGUUAGGUUGUCUCCCGCCAUGCUGCUUUCGGGACUAGCAGAGGUUCCAAUCCCAACGAGAUUUUUAUUUAUUCUUCUGGGACCUCUAGGAAAAGGCCAACAGUUCCAUGAGAUUGGCAGGUCAAUUGGAACCUUAAUGACAGAUGAGGUGUUUCAUGAUGUUGCCUACAAAGCUAAAGAUCGUAAUGAUUUGGUUGCCGGGAUUGAUGAGUUUCUCGACCAGGUGACAGUUCUCCCUCCUGGAGAAUGGGACCCAACGAUUCGUAUAGAGCCCCCAAAAAAUGUUCCCUCUCAGGAGAAGCGUAAGAUUCCAGGGGUGCCAAAUGGAACUGCUCCUCAUGGAGACAUAGCACCAGUUGGAGGUCACUCAGGACCAGAACUGCAACGUACUGGAAGGAUUUUUGGGGGCUUGGUUUUAGAUGUCAAGAGGAAAGCGCCAUUCUUUCUGAGCGACUUCACUGACGCGUUCAGCCUGCAGUGCUUAGCUUCGUUUCUCUUUCUCUACUGUGCUUGUAUGUCUCCUGUUAUCACGUUUGGUGGUUUGCUGGGAGAAGCAACGGAUGGCCGCAUAAGUGCAAUAGAAUCUUUGUUUGGUGCGUCUAUGACUGGCAUAGCCUAUUCACUCUUUGGUGGACAGCCUCUGACCAUACUAGGGAGCACGGGUCCAGUUUUGGUGUUUGAAAAGAUACUGUUCAAAUUUUGCAAGGAAUAUGGACUGUCGUACCUUUCUCUGAGAGCAAGCAUUGGCUUGUGGACUGCAACUCUGUGUAUCAUCCUUGUUGCGACCGAUGCCAGUUCGCUUGUGUGCUACAUCACUCGGUUUACGGAAGAAGCUUUUGCGUCCCUUAUCUGCAUCAUUUUCAUUUACGAGGCCUUAGAGAAGCUCUUUCAUCUCAGCGAGACAUAUCCAAUCAACAUGCAUAACAGUUUGGAACAACUGACACAUUACUCAUGCAGCUGUAUGGAACCAGAUGACCCCAGCAAUAAUACUUUGCGAUACUGGCAGUCCAAAAACAUGUCGUCAUCAGACAUACCUUGGGGAAACUUAACUGUGUCAGAAUGUAAGGACUGGCAAGGGGCAUUUGUAGGACACGCCUGUGGACACCAUGGUCCUUACGUCCCAGAUGUUCUCUUCUGGUCAGUCAUCUUAUUCUUUUCUACAGUGACACUGUCAUCCACGCUUAAGCAGUUCAAAACCAGCCGAUACUUCCCGACCAAGGUGCGGUCUGUCGUGAGUGACUUUGCCGUCUUUCUCACCAUCCUGUCCAUGGUUUUAAUCGACUAUGCCCUUGGGAUCCCAUCACCAAAGCUCCAAGUUCCCAAUGCUUUCAAGCCCACCAGAGAUGAUCGUGGCUGGUUCAUUUCGCCUUUGGGGACCAAUCCUUGGUGGACAGUGCUGGCUGCGCUAAUCCCGGCUUUGCUUUGUACUAUUCUGAUAUUUAUGGACCAGCAGAUUACAGCUGUUAUUAUAAACAGAAAAGAACAUAAACUAAAGAAGGGCUGCGGUUAUCACCUGGACCUGCUGAUGGUGGCUCUCAUGCUGGGCGUGUGCUCCCUCAUGGGCCUGCCGUGGUUUGUGGCCGCCACCGUUCUCUCCAUCUCUCACGUGAACAGCUUGAAGCUGGAGUCGGAGUGCUCUGCUCCAGGAGAGCAGCCCAAAUUCCUUGGCAUCCGUGAGCAGCGGGUCACAGGACUCAUGAUAUUCAUCCUGAUGGGCUCGUCCGUUUUUCUGACCAGAGUUCUUAAGUUUAUCCCUAUGCCAGUGCUUUAUGGUGUAUUUCUUUACAUGGGUGCCUCUUCUCUAAAAGGAAUUCAGCUUUUUGACAGAAUCAAGUUAUUCUGGAUGCCUGCCAAACACCAGCCUGACUUCAUCUACCUGAGGCAUGUCCCGCUCCGAAAAGUCCACCUCUUCACCGUCAUCCAGCUGAGCUGUCUUGUGCUGCUGUGGGUUAUCAAGGCUUCAAGAGCUGCCAUUGUCUUUCCUAUGAUGGUCUUGGCCCUGGUGUUUGUUAGAAAACUCAUGGACUUAUUUUUCACGAAACGGGAGCUCAGCUGGUUGGAUGAUUUGAUGCCAGAGAGCAAGAAAAAGAAGUUGGAGGAUGCUGAAAAAGAGGAGGAACAAAGCAUGUUAGCGAUGGAAGAGGAAGGCACAGUUCAGUUACCGCUAGAUGCACAUUACAGAGAUGACCCAUCUGUAAUAAAUAUUUCUGAUGAGAUGUCAAAAACAGCUGUGUGGAAGACACUGUUGAUAUCGUCAGACAAUACCAAGGAUAAGGAGUCCAGCUUUCCUUCUAAAAGCACUGAAAGCCGAAAAGAGAAGAAAGCGGACUCAGGGAAAGGUGUGGACCGCGAGACUUGUCUAUGACUUGCUCUUCAGUUUAUUUUUAUAAACAGAUGUGAGGAGUGCCACAAUCAUAAACCUGUACGCGAUUUGAUCCUUUCGUUGUACAACCUGUCUUUCAUCCCAAAGUAGCACUGGUAAUGUAAGUAGUGCAAUACGUGCUUUGGUUCGCUGUCUGCUUAUUGCCCGGGCCCUAAUCUGUGCAGAAAUUAACUCUAGCCAGUGAGAAUCCUGUACCCUCCAUGCUUGGGGGUGGGGUCCAGCUGAUUCAACCUAUGUCAUCCAUUCAAGAAGUGAACAGUGUCUCUUUCUAUCUGUUCAGUAGCCUUGGACUGCAUUUUUCCUUCUUUGCUCAUGCAACAUAUUUUCAUAGCUUCUCCAUCUCAGCAGACAAACAAACUUGAAAACAGCUCCCCGCCCCCAGCCCCGUCCUGUUCUUUUUAUAGCUUAGCUUUCAGCCAGCUAUUUGAGGAGAUCCGAGAUAACAAAAGAAAUGUUAGCUUUGAGAGAUAUUUUUAAACGAGAAGUGGCUCAACCCUGCGAACUCUUUAACCAGAAGAAACCAGAAGUCCCGCCCCCACUCCGUUAAAAAUCAUGGCUUGUAUGUAUGUAUGUGUGGGUGUAUGUGUGUGGGUGUGUAUGCGUGUGUGACUUUCAGGAUCGGACCCUAUAUUUGUGCAAUUUUCCUUGAUUUAAUACUGGAUAUUUAAUAUUUAAAUUUAUAUGUAACUGGAAAGAUAAAGUAAUAUAAUAUAUAAAGUUA